AUGCAUGGCUGUCUCGGUUGUUGGGUCUGCUUGCUCGUCCUCUGCUUUCCUGGGGAUGCGGGGCCCGCGACGCUGCGCUUGCACCUUCUCGGGGGCACCCGUGCGCGAUGCAACGACGGCUCCCAGCCGGGAUUCUACCUCCGAGAGGGUCGCUCCGGCGUGCUGCUGGUCUGGCUCGAGGGAGGAGGUGACUGCGGCACGCAGGCAACAUGUGACUCCCGGCCAGCAGCGCUCAAAGGCGUGGACACGAAUGUAAGCCAUCAGCUUUUGGAACACGAGUUUGCACCGCACAGGAUGGGCAUUUUGGGCGAUGAGCUCAAGCCGCCGGUGCCGCCCAGGUUCAUGGUGCUAAUGGCUGACUGGUGCAACGUCUUUGCGGGUAUCACCCUUAUCAUCUCCUUCUCGCUGAUUGCUGGGGCCUUUACCUUCAAGUGGUUCGAGAUGGCUGGCACGGUCCACACCGUCAUGCAGGUGACCAUGUGUCUUGAGGGUGUGCUGUGGGCUGUGGCUGCCGGGUUCUUGACCAAGAUCAACAUGAUCGUCAAUAAUGCAGGGCUGGCUGUGGGGCAAACGAUCAUCUGCUUCGGCGGCAUCUUCUUUGCGAUAUCCGGGCUCUACGACGGCGUCCCGGGAAAGAUCAUCAGCCUCCACUAUGUGCUGGCACCCGACUCCAACGCACUCUUUGCGGAUGCCUGCCCUUACUACGGCAUCACCUGCUUCAUGGUUGCCACCAGCAUGGGCUUGCAGGGUGUUUGGCCUUUGCCCAGGAACAAGAUCGUGAGCCCCUUCUGGGCCGUGGCCUGCUUCUUCAUCGGCGCUUGGACCAUCGGCGUGAUCGGAUUGUGGGGCCCGACCUUGAUGGACGGCUUCGUGAGGUACGAAGAUUUCCAGGCCCCAACGGACCUCUACAAGCAGAGGACGUUUGCGUGGGCCUGGAUCCACGUUUUCCAAGUGAUCGGCGCGAUCUUCUUGACCGCGGGCGGCGUCAUCUUCGGCCUCAUGGACGGCAUCUUCCCCUUCGGUGGGCCCAGCGAGGAGGCGUAUUUUCAACUUCAGUUAAGCUCUGCCCGGCUUAGGACAAUCAAGUUUCGCCAAUUUCGUGAAGCUGCAAGACAAGUGCAUUUGGAUAUGGUUGCUCAAGCUUUGCCGGACCUUGUUGAUCAGGCAAUCUGUUGUGACGGGGACCGGUCAGGAGCAUCCACGACUUCUUUUCACGAGCGGCACUCCCAGGCCUUCAACCACAUCCUUGAUCUCGAUCUUCGGGGAGGGGGAGGGAGAGGGAAGGGAAAGGAGCCGGACAACGACCCAUCAAACCAUGACCAGUUGUUUAAUGCCAUUGUCCAGGUCCUGGGCAAGUAUGGUAGGAGCAGCUGGGAGGAGAGGAAGAAGAGCCGAGCCAAAUCUGAACAGAAACAGCAAAAGUCUUUCCUUGAAGCUUUGCAGCAGUCUCUGGACAGGUAUCGGCGUAAACCUCAUGACAGACUUCUGCAAAGCAUCACGUCCAUUGUGCAGGCGGCCCAAGCCGGCAAGCUUUCCAUGGAAUCACCACCCGCGGAGGCAGAGACUUCCUCUGCUGACAAGGGCAAAGGAAAGAACAAAGGCAAAGGCGCCAACGACAACAUCGCGGACACCGCCGCACAGCAGAAAGACAAGAGCAAGGGCAAGGGCAAAAGCAAGGCGAUUAUGACGGAUGACUCCCUCCGACAAGACCUUGAAAAGGGUCAAAAGCCGGAGGGUGUGGUGGCCCUAUGCAGAUCUGUCGAUUUUGCCAACCAAUGUUGCAAACAUCACAACUUCACGGUAUGUUCUGACAAGGGGGUACCUCGUCUUCAGCAACUUUACUUUCAGGCGUUGGUCAAGGACAUCCCGGAGUUGCCCAAAAAUCCAGUGACCCAGAGCACUCACAAGCCAACGGAGUUGCAGCUGCACGUCUUUCGCAUCACGGUGCCGAGCAUCUUCUUGGAUAACGCGAGGUGGCUUCACAUAUGCACUUCGCCGCAGAAAGCGCUGCAUGCCUUGAUUGACCCUUUGGAGCUUCACAGCAGCUACGGUUGGAAGAAAACCACGGUGGGUACGGCGGAGAAGCAAAUCACACUCUUGGAAGGUUACAUCAAGGUGACGGACAUUGGGGCCAAGCAGUUGCAGCAGCACAAUGGUAAAGACGCCAUAUUCGGCAGGCCUUUGGCACAAGGUACCGCAGAGUAUUGCAAGCAGCCCAUUCAGUGGAUCACAAAGGAGCCCGACGAUAACUACAUGGUCUAUUUCACCAAGUGCAAGAACGAGGCCUUUUCGUCAAAGCUCCCCCUUGCGUUCAGAAUGGGAGGCGGCUCCUGUUUGGGUCUCCGACAUACUGGGACUACUAGGCCGCCAAACAUCUCGGUGGCUUGGAGGGUGCAGGGCGCGCCUUCGUGGUUCAGGUCCAUUGAGUUGCAAGAGGCGCUCUCGGGUGCCGGUUGGACUGAAAUUCAGGUCCUGUAUCCCCCUCGGGGCAAACAGCCAUGGUUGAUCAAGGCCAAGCCCCCACCCAACUCGGAGGGCGAGAUUCUGGGAGUGGCUACCGGUGACUUCACGCUCUACUUGUCCAGAGUCCCUCCUCGCGCUCCGCAUGUGGUGGGAAUCAAGCCUGUUCACAUCACCCGCAAAGCUCAACCAGCCCACGAGGUCAAUCUCAACACGGAGGCCGAGGACAUGGAGACUGAACUCGAGGAUCCCCCUUCGGCGGACGCCAACAUGACCGGAGAGGCAGCCAAGGAUCCUGCUAAGAAGCGGGACCCGCCGGAGAAACAAAGCCCUCUCAAGAAGAAGCAUAAAGAAUCUGCCCCAAACUUCUUGCAAGGCUACGAACUCAAAGAUUGUGGCGGUGAUGGUGCAUGCGGAUACAACUCGUUGGCCUUUGCUUAUUGGUUGUCCAACAAUGCCGACAAACCUCACCCGUCCAACGAGGAGAUCAAAACGAUGGGCCGGACUUUGAGGCAGCAGAUUCAUCAACACAUUUGCAAACACCAGGGGAAAUAUUCUGCCACUUUCGCGACGGACGCAAGGUGGACCAAAGAGACGGAAGGCGGAGAGGUUCCCACUACCUUUGACUCUUGGCUCCUUGCUCUUUUACGCCCACAACGUUGGAUAUGUCAAGCUACCCUUCAGGCUGCGGCCAACAGGUUGGGAGUCCACAUAACGGUCCUCAUCAACAAUCAGAAUGAUACUCGAGCCGUGCACAUUCCUUGCCAACAGCUCAACUUUGCCACUACGGUCGUCAUCUACCUCAAGGACAAACAUUAUCAGGCUGUGCUCCCCACGCGGAAGGCAUGGCCUCUUGAGUGGACAAGUUUGGCGGAAAAGCUUGGGGAAAUCCCUCGGGGCGGAGGUGCCGUCACGGACUUCUUCGAGCAAAAAGCGCAGUGCAGCAUGGCUCCCGGAUGCUACCCCGAGGGGCACUCCAUGCACUUCUACUUCUUCUUCCUCCAAGAAAUCUUCGGCAAAAGAGGCCAAGGCUGCAUCACCGAGGAUUGA